AUGGAUCUCGACCCCAAGCUCGCGAUUGACGAUGCCUACCGCACCGUGGGUUCCUGCGAUGCCGGCGAGAAGCAAGAAGAGGGCAAGAAGAUCGUCGCCGAACUCGCCGCGCUCAAGUACGAGGUGCAACACGACCGGGCCUUGACGCCCAUCCGCGAUGAUGGCCACCCCGACGUGGCCGGAUACAACAAGGAGCUCGAGCAGCUCGGUAAAAUCACCUGGCACAACGCCCCCUGGCUCUUCACCGAGUGCUAUCUCUUCCGCCGCAUAUCCACCUCCUUCGCCCUCUCCACGCACUGGAAAUCCUACGACGUCUUCGCCCGCCAAAAGAUCAAGACCUUCCGAUCCUCCCGCCCGGCCGUCCUCGAGCUCGCCGCGCGCUACAAGGACCUGGUCACACAACUGCGGUCCCAGGCCCCGCACGACCCGGAAGCCGACGCCCUGCUCUUCGCCGAGAUGUGCGAGGUCUGUCUCUGGGGCAACGCCACCGACCUCUCGCUGCUCACCAGCCUGACCUACGAGGACAUCCAGAAGCUGCAGGGCUCCGAGGCCCGCCGCGCCGCCGAGAAGAACAUCCUCGUCAACGACCUGCCGCAGGUCUUUGCCCACCUGCGUGCGGCCAAGAAGGAUAAGCCGGCGGGCGCCCAGCGCCGCGUGGAUAUCGUCCUCGACAACGCCGGCUUCGAGCUGUACGUCGACCUGGUCCUCGCCGGCUAUCUGCUGUCGGCCGGGCUGGCCACCACCGUGGUGCUGCACCCCAAGUCGAUCCCCUGGUUUGUGUCGGACGUGCUGCCCGCCGACUUUGCCUCGCUGCUGACCGCGCUGGCCGACCCCCGCGCCUUCUACGAGACCCCCACCGAGGAGGAUACCCUGCAGGGCGUCGAGCCGCCUCGGCUGAGCGAGGCGGAGGUGGAGGAGUUGGGGUUCUUGUUUGCCGAGUGGAGCCGCUUUCAUGCCGAGGGCCAGCUCGUGCUGAGGCCGAACCGCGUGUGGACGGGGCCGGGGAGCUUUUGGCGCCUGCCGGGUGAGGCGGAGGGGUUGGUGGAGGACUUGCGCGAGGGCGAGUUGGUUGUGUUUAAGGGCGAUUUGAACUAUCGGAAGCUGGUUGGCGAUGUUGCCUGGGACCCGACGACGCCGUUCGCCGAUGCCAUUGGCCCGCUCGGGCCGGGCUCGGGGCUCAACGUGCUGGCGCUGCGGACCUGCAAGGCCGAUGUCGUGGUGGGGCUGAAGCCGGGCGAGGACGAGAAGCUCAAGGCGAUGGAGGACGGGGGCGGUGAGUCGGGCGCGCGCAAGUGGGCGUGGAACGGGAAGUGGGCGGUCGUAUCCUUCUCCAAGGGGACUUGA